GCGACGGCGACUGUCAGCUUCAAAUAAACGAAAAUAUAAACUAGUGAAGCGCGAGAGAAAUUUUUGAAAAAGUCGAGCAAAAUAAACUACAAAUAAAUUGGGAUAUUUUGCUUUAAUAAUGCAGUGUGAUUUUGCUGAGAGUUCAGCCUGGAUCAUGAAGUAAAGUUUCGUCCAAAAAUUUUAAGCCCCAGCGAUUUUAGUUUUAACUGGACCGAAACUACACAAAGUUUGCAUUGGUUGUUGCAUUUGUAAAGUUGUGGCACUUUCUCCGCAGCACCAAUCAACUGCAACUGAUAGUUUGACUUUUUUGUUACUUGAAAAUGAUACAUCGAGUAGUGGAUGCUGCAAAGUUGGUCGGAACACGUCAGAACAUUGUUUCACAUAUGCUGCUUUCUUUACAAAGAAAUAACUAUCAGAUUGGAGUAAUUUCACUGCGAAAGUUAUCGGUUUUAUAUAAUACAAAGCUAUCGAGUCAAAUUCUAGCAGGUAAUUGUGCCAAUCGUGUCUGCACUAAUGGCCAAAAAUUGUUCAGUAUUACCAGACAUUCGUUUAGCUCUCAAACACCCACAACUAAGGGGGAAAAAGAUCAGGUCGGCGAAUCGAAGGAAACUACCAUCGAAAUCAAUACUAAAAGUGGCAAGCUGCUGGUAACAACAACAACAAAUGCUGAUUCAAAAUUGCAAGAUGUCAUCAUCGAAAAACCCAAACCGGAUAAUUUGCAGAACGAUGAAGAAAUUUCCAAGAGUACAGCGAUUCCUCUUCUCAGUGAUGAGGAAAAAAGUCGCCUAGCCCUAGCGGAUCAGCUAGCCGAGAAGAAUAGGCAGUUGGCAAAGAAACGCAUACGCGUAGAUUUUUCCCGAUCAUCUUUGGAACGUAAUUUUAUAACACCGGUGAGAGCUAUGUCCGAUUUUCUCCUGAAGCCCUCCGACCUGGAAAGCUUACCGAAAACCAAGCGCAGGUCACCUUAUGAACAGGAGCCGCCAAUCACCGUCUAUUGGCGCAAGGAUGUUGAAGCAAAGGCGAUCGAGGUGUGGGGCAGCCGGGAGAAUCUGCUGAAAGAAUGCCUGAAGCGUGAAAUUGAGAAGAAGCGGCACCAACAGAAUAUUUUUACAGUCAAGCGAAGGCUGCGAGAUUACCGGCGUGAGAUUGGCAGUCGAACGAACAUAGUUGACGCAGAACCGGGACUUUUUGGAAAAUCGGGACGGGUUGUUUUGACGGCGAUUGCUAUUAAUGCCACAAAUUGUCUGUUCAAGUUUGGUGCUUGGUUGUACACAGGAUCGCACAGUAUGUUCGCCGAGACGAUCCAUUCGCUGGCGGACACCAUCAAUCAGCUGAUUCUUGCUUACGGUAUUCAUAAGAGUACCCAGAUUGCCGAUUCGGACCAUCCGUAUGGGUACAGCAAUAUGAAGUAUGUGUCCUCAUUGAUCUCCGGCGUGGGCAUUUUUUGCGUUGGAACAGGUCUUUCGUUCUACCACGGUAUUAUGGGCCUAACAGAUCCUCAUCCGAUCGAUGAUUUCUUCUGGGCUUUCUUCAUCCUCGGCGGAUCGUUGGUUUCGGAGGGUGCUACGUUGUUGGUAGCUAUAAAUAGCUGUAGAAGCGGGGCUAAAGCUCUCGGUAUGACUUUCAAAGAUUACGUCAUUCGCAGUCAAGAUCCAUGCGUAAACGUCGUGCUUACUGAAGAUGCAGCAGCAGUUCUAAGUGUGGUACUCGCUGCUACCUGUAUGGGAUUGUCCACCUACACGGGUUCACCGCUUCCAGAUGCCGUCGGAUCUCUGUUAGUCGGAUGCAUGCUAGGAGCUGUGGCUUCUUUCAUUAUUUAUACCAAUGUAGCUGCAUUAGUUGGACGGUCGAUCCGACAGGAGAAUCUCGAUAGGAUUAAUGGUGAGCUGGAGAGUGAUAUCAUGAUUAGAGCAAUACAUGAUGUCAAGGGAAUCGAUAUGGGAAAUUCAUUGGUUAGGUAUAAGGCUGAAAUGGACUUUGAUGGUCGAGAACUAACACGAGUGUACCUGGAUAAACAAGAUUUGAAUGUGCUACUGGAGGAGGUCAGAACUUUCCAGACGAUUGAUGAGCUUGAAGCUUACAUGUUGAAGCAUGGUGAGAACAUCGUGGAUUUGAUGGGUGGUGAAAUCGAUCGCAUUGAAAUGAAACUAAGGAAAAAGUUUCCCGAAAUUCGACAUUGUGAUUUGGAGAUUUUGUAAGCUAAGUGGUAAAUUAAGCAAAGCGUCAAAAGUGAGUAUAAAUGUUAAACAUGGACAAGCGAAAUGUUCAAGCUACAAACUCGUAAGAAAAAAUAAUGAUUCCAAAUUUGAAAACGAUAAUACUAAUAAACUAUUCACUAGGAAAUCUACGACUAGGUGAUGCUAAAAGCUUUUUAGUACUUAACUCAAACGGAGCGAACAGCAUGCGAAGUGGCCAGGCACAAAUCACCUGGAUUUGACCGUACACAUCUUACCGAUCCAUGCAUUGACUGUGCGCACUCUAGGUAUUGCUGUUAAAAUUUAGAUAAUGUUGAAGAGGAACAUAGUUCACUGCUUCAAGUUACUCGAUGUUCGAAUACCACGGUUCGUAGCAAUGAAGAAACGAAACAAACCAGUGAGACAAUACUUAUUUUGCCAGAAUAAAUAACUUGUGAAAAUGUA